GCAGGAAGUGACGCCAAGUCUUCCACGGUGGCUCCUCUUCUUACGUGGCAACGCGUCAAGCGAGCGCGAGACACGGAGCACAAAGAGACGAAAUAUUAAUUAAAAUACAUCCUCACGUUUUCUUUACUGUUUCGCUUGUUGUUAGGGUUUAGGUUUUCUUUUGGAUCAUCAUGGGUCUGACCAUCUCAUCGCUCUUCGGGAGACUUUUCGGCAAGAAACAGAUGAGAAUACUGAUGGUGGGUUUGGACGCUGCAGGUAAAACCACGAUACUUUACAAGCUGAAGCUGGGAGAAAUUGUGACCACUAUCCCUACUAUAGGUUUUAAUGUAGAGACUGUUGAAUACAAGAACAUCUGCUUCACCGUGUGGGAUGUCGGCGGUCAGGACAAGAUUCGUCCUCUCUGGAGACACUAUUUUCAGAACACACAGGGUCUGAUCUUUGUGGUGGACAGCAAUGACAGAGAGAGAGUGGCCGAAUCUGCAGAGGAGCUUUCUAAAAUGUUGCAAGAAGAUGAACUGAGGGACGCCGUGCUUCUGGUUUUUGCAAACAAACAGGAUCUGCCUAACGCCAUGGCUGUCAGUGAACUCACAGACAAACUUGGCCUGCAAAGCCUACGCAGCAGAACGUGGUACGUUCAAGCAACCUGUGCUACACAAGGCACCGGACUCUAUGAAGGACUGGACUGGUUAUCAAACGAGCUCUCCAAACGCUAGUGUGCCUGCUGAUGGUGGCGAGAUGUGUGUGUACUUUAGAAAGAUGGAGUGUGCCGGUUGAUAGACUCUGUCUUGAAGAACUUGAGUGAGUGAGAGUGAGUGUGUGUGUGUGUGUGUGUGUGAAGGAGCUAUCAAGUGUUGAGCAUCAUGUCUAAUCUGUCUGAUCUGUCUUUUUCUAUGCUGUAUUCCUACUAAUUCUUUUAAUUCUUUUCCUUACAAAUCCUUUUUUUUUU